CUCCCUCAUUCUCUCCUCUCCUCCAGAGCAGGCAGACUCCUCCAUCAUGUCCUACUCUCGCUCCGUCACCUACUCCAGUGGAGGCCGAAUUGGCUCCAUGAGGGCGCCCAGUGUAUACGGCGGCGCCGGCGGCUACGGGGUCCGCAUCUCCAGCACAAGCGCCCCCAGAAGCUUCUCCUCUGCAGGUGCAGGGUUUUCUGUCGCUGGCGCUGGUGCUGGUGCCGGUGCCGGCUUCAACCUGAGCGACGCCCUUGACAUCUCCGACAGCAAGAAGGCCACCAUGCAGAACCUGAACGACCGCUUGGCCAGCUACCUCGAGAAGGUGCGCAAGUUGGAGGAGGCCAAUGCCGAGCUGGAGCUGAAGAUCAGAAAGUUCCUGGAAAACAAGACCAAACCCGAGGGCCACGACUGUGCCGCAUUCAAGGCUGUCAUCAGCGACCUGCAGGACCAGAUUCUCGAUGCCACCCGGACAAACGGAUCUCUCUACCUGGCGAUCGAUAACGCCAAGCUGGCCGCCGAUGACUUUAGGGUCAAGUACGAGAACGAGCUGGCCAUGCGUCAGUCUGUGGAGGCCGACAUCGCCGGCCUGAAGAGGCUCCUGGACGAGUUGACUCUGGGAAGAUCCGACCUGGAAAUGCAGAUCGAAGCACUGAGGGAGGAACUCAUCCAGCUCAAGAAGAACCAUGAGGAGGACCUGCUGGCUCUGAGGUCCCAGAUGGGAGGUCAGGUGAAUGUGGAGGUGGAUGCCGCUCCUCAGGAGGAUCUGUCCUCCGUCAUGGAAUCGAUCAGAGAACACUACGAGACUGUUGCCAACAAGAACCGCAGAGACCUGGAGGCCUGGUUCCAGGCAAAGUCUGAUGAUCUUAAUAAGGAGGUUGCCGUCAGCACAGAAUCUCUUCAGUCAUCACGCUCUGAGGUCACAGAGGUCAAACGCUCCCUGCAGGGCCUGGAGAUCGAACUUCAAGCACAGCUCAGCAUGAAAGCAUCUCUGGAAGGAACCCUCGCCGACACUCAGAACCGGUACAGCAACAUGCUGGCUGGUUACCAGAGGCAGGUGUCCAGUCUGGAGGACCAGCUGGCCAAGCUGAGAGCUGAUCUGGAGCGUCAGGGACACGAGUACCAGAUGCUGCUGGAUAUGAAGACCAGACUGGAGAUGGAGAUCUCUGAGUACAGGAGGCUGCUGGAUGGAGAGCUGUCUGUGCCGUCUUCAACCACUUUGAGUCGUAAAGUUCUCAUCGUCACCAAAGAGAUCACAGAAGAUGAAGACAUCAGCUCUGAAACUCCGGACAAACAGUGAGACAACAAGCCUCCGUCAACAAGCUGCCAACCUCAGAAAUACACAAAUAAAACAUUUCUGAUGAACUGAAA